CCCGCCUCCUCGGCUCCAACCAACCCCCCACCCCCAAAACGCCUCCUAGAUCUCGUCUAAUCGGAGCCCAGGAUCUAAUCAGCAGCACCACACUAGCGGCGAUGAUCCAGCUGCUGUUCCUUGUGCUGGUGGCGGAGGUGUCCGUGGUUGCAGCGCUGCUAUUCAAGACGCCACUGCGGAAGCUUGCCGUGCUAGGCAUCGACCGCCUGAAGCGCGGCCGCCGCGCGCCCGUCGCCGUCAAGACGGUCGCGGGCGUCGUCCUCGCUAUUCUCGCCUCUACGCUCUACAGCAUAGCCGAGAUCAGCUGCCGCGCGACCGACCCCGACUCCGGCGGCGGGCUCACGCCCACAGAUCAGGUCCUCUUUUCGCGUCACCUCCUCGAGGCGUCCCUCAUGGGGUACUCCUUAUUUCUUGUGAUAGUGAUUGACCGGCUUCACCAAUACAUCAGAGAUUUGCGUGCCUUCAAGAAGAACUUAGAGGCUGUAUCGAAGCAUAAUAAAAUGUUGGAGGAAGCAAAACAUGGAAUUUCAGAGGAGACAAAGAAGUAUCAGGAAGAUAUUGCCACUCUGAACAAGGAGAUGAAGAAACUGAAACUACAAGUCCAAGAAAAGACAGAAGAGGUCAAUGUUGCUGAGGACAAGGCACUUGCUAUCCAAAAGCAAUCUGAAGGCUUGCUGAUCGAAUAUGAUCGCCUGCUGGAGGACAACCAGCAUCUUCGGAUACAGCUGCAGUCAAUUGACCUCAAGCUUUCCAGUUCUUCUUGAACGAAGAGUAUUAAGUCAUAAAAAUAUGGGUUUUUUAGUUUCUUGGCUAAAAAUAUUGAGCUUACUUUGUUGCCCCUUUUCAAUUGAACUUUGCAAUCUAGCCUUAAAUCGAAAAUCGUUUUGGUUCUUAGCC